GGCAUUCUGCGAUCGACCCAUCGACUAGCAAAGCCUAGAAACCAAGAAAGGUCUGUCAAACGAUUGAUGCUGUGAAUGAAUUGGAUUUAACAGAAGUGUGAAUGCUCGUAAACCCUGACCGUCAACACACGUGUAUAUUUGUUCUUUGGGGGGCAAAGGCCUUCGGUGCGUGGUAAUACGAAUGGAAGAGGUGCCAAUGUAGCGAAGUCAUCGCUACCGAUCCGCACAAAGACUUGUCAUUGAUUCAAUGCCCACUCGCUAACGACAGCUUCUAUAGGCGGUCUUCACAGGGGCUGCUCUUAGCCGACCAAGCCGACUUCAUGUCGACAGGAGUCUUCAGAUUUUAUAUCACGUAGAGCAAGAUACGACUCACCUGGAUGCUGAAGAAAGAGUUAUCAAUUGGCAUUUCCUUUCGGUCUCCCCACGUCAUGUACUUGUGUACGUGAUAAUGAAUUCUCUCGAGAUUUGAUAUUCGAGAUUUUGAGCUUUGUGGUGGAGGAAAUGAUUCCCAGGAUUUAUUCAGGUAAACAAAGGAAGUAGACGAUGACAACCGCCGUCGUUCUCGGCGUCGUCCUGGGUCUGGCUGGUGUUGUAGCGGGCGUGGUCUGUUUUGUAUUGUGUAGAGUGUACCGGAACAGGAAACACAGGCAAAAUAUUACGUCAUUCAACGGAUAUGACGCUGUUGGAGACUACAAACCACCAUCUCUGAUGUCCAUUUCUACCGCCUCCCAGGAAGCGUUUAUGACAAAGGAGCACCGCCCAGUCCAACCCUCCACAGGUCCCCAGUCCCGGGGGAGCAUCUCCACGAUGUCCAGGGGCAGCAUCAAAAGUGACCCGUUCACGGAGGAAACCAGCAGCAUAAGCGCCCGCAGCGACACCAGCGCAGAUAGUCUCAUAUUUGAUCCUAACUUUGGUGCUAUAAGACCGGAUCUUUAUCCCCGGAAGGACGCAGUUCUCCAGCAGUCCUCUGUGGAGCAGGGCCGGGGGAAACUUCAUAUCCGAAUCAAAUACGAUUUCCGGACCUCAGAUGUCCUCGUUCAUCUUAUUGAAGCUCAAGAUCUUGUGGUGGACAGAUCGCUCGAUCAAGAAGGAGGAUUUGGCGAUCCUUACAUCCGGAUUAGUAUGGUUCCGGAAGUCGACGAGAAAAUACGACAAUCAUCCGUCAAACGCCGGACCCACAAUCCGUUUUAUAAUGAAUUCUUUAAGUUCCCGGUGACACUUGAUGAAGUGAAAGAGCGGACAUUGAUUUUCCAGGUCUUUGACUUUGAUAAAUUUUCCCGCCAUAAAACACUAGGAGAAGUUAGUGUCAAUUUGGGUCAAGUUGACGUUACAAACAGCGUAGAAAUGUGGUGCGACAUUCAAAAGCAAAGUCAGCACAAUGACAUGGGUGAAAUUUUAUUAUCCCUGAGUUAUCUCCCCACGGCAGAGAGACUUACGGUAGUCGUGUUAAAAGCUACAGAGCUGGUGAUGACCGCGGCGGGCGGAUCCUGUGACCCGUACGUUCGGGUGUCACUCGUCGUGGACGGCAAAAAAGUCAAAAGAAAGAAAACUUCUGUCAAAAGAAGCACAACAGCUCCUGUCUGGAACGAGGCUCUGACCUUUAACAUUUCAGCAGACAUGUUGGCAAAGUGUAACCUUGAGGUCACGGUGCUUGACCAUGACCUGAUAGGUCACGGUGAAUUUGUUGGACGGUGUAUUAUAGGACCAAACAGACCGGAAGCGGAAGGUAAACAUUGGAAUGACAUGCUAAAUAACCACCGGAAGUCCAUGGCGAUGUGGCAACACCUUUACAGACGAUAAUUUUUUUGUUUUCCACCCUUUAUCAUAAUUUUGUUUUUUUAUCUCAUUCAUAAAAAGAAAAGUGCUUUAUGAAGAGUGAUUUCAUAUCCCAUCUUGCGAAAGAUUUUUUAAAUAUUAAAGUGAUGUUUGUGUCAUAGUGUGUGCCAGUACUUGCCUUCUAUCCAUUGUGAUACUGAAUGUAACCCUGUUAUUUAUCGACCUGACGUAUCGUUCACCGGUUAUUACUGUGGACGUAUCAGUGGUCCCUCACCAUUCGCUUCUUGUAGUACACGUGUUUUCUGUAUUGUUAAAACAAAAUGAAAGUAUAUAUUAUCUGUACAUGUUGAGAAUGGCAAAAAUAUAUAAUUAUAAUUUUAUUUUUAUGAAAAGUUCAUGUAUCAUGA